GUAGCUAGGUCACUCGUAAACUGGCAUUGGAUUAAUACAUAACUUGGAAAUGACAUGCCCAAUAUUGAUUGGUGGGGGAUAUAGUUAGGUUCUCUACGGAUGAGAGUUUUUUUCUAGCUUAUCUUAUUCUAUAGGAACAAUACUAGUACCACUUUCUUCCAGCUAUUUUGCAUUUUGAAAGCAUAUAGAAUCUCUCUUUGAUCUGUUCAGCAAGAAUUGAGUGACAAUGGCGGAGGGCGCACUUCUUCAAGUUGUUCUCGACAAUUUGAACUCUUUGAUCCAAGGGGAGAUUGGAUUAUUGUGGGGUGUUGAUAAGGAGAUGCAAAAGCUUUCCAACACUCUCUCUACAAUCAGAACGGUUCUUGAAGAUGCUGAGCUCAGACAGCUGCAAGACAGAGCUAUCAAGAACUGGUUACGGAAGCUCAAACAAGCAACUUAUGAUAUAGAUGACGUCUUGGACGAGUGUGCAACUGAAGCUGCCCGAUUGAAGGAGUCUAAGCGCCAAACUCUUGAUAAGGUACGCGGCUGUUUCUUAUCUUGUUAUUCUCCUCUAGACAAUGUUUUGUUUCGUCGUAAGAUUGGGAAUAAAAUGAAGGAGAUUAAUGAGAAGUUGAAUGCAAUUGCUGAGGAGCGGAGCAAAUUUCAUUUGCAUGACGCGGUUGUGGCGAAUCGAGUUGGAAUUCCUGAAUGGCGCGAAACCAGCUCUUUUUUAACUGAACCACAUGUGUAUGGAAGAGAAGAUGAUAAAGAAAGUAUCCUUGAACAGCUGGUGAAGCAUACAAGUGACUCUGAGAAUGUUUCCAUCCUUCCUAUUGUUGGUAUUGGAGGGCUCGGAAAGACCACGCUUGCGCAACUAGUAUUGAAUGAUAAGAGGGUAAUUGAGCAUUUUGAGCCAAGAAUUUGGGUUUGUGUUUCUGAUGAUUUUGAUGUGAAGAGAAUCAUAGAAUCAAUUAUAGGGACAACUUCUGGAGGCUCAAACCUAGAUCAUCUCCAAAGACAACUUCAAGAGAAGUUGAAUGGAAAAAGAUAUUUCCUUGUUUUGGAUGAUGUGUGGAAUGAUAAUCAAGAAAAGUGGGACAAGUUGAAAUGCAUAUUAGCAUGUGGAUCAAAGGGUUCUUCGGUUAUUAUCACUACUCGUCUCGAAAAUGUGGCAUCAAUUAUGGCAACACUCCCUAUAUAUCGUUUGUCGAGUAUGUCAGAAGAUGAUUGUUGGUUAUUGUUUAAGCAACGAGCGUUUAAACACGAGAGUGAAGAAAGUCCAAAUCUUGUAACAAUUGGGAAGGAGAUUGUGAAGAAGUGUGGGGGUGUGCCUUUAGCAGCAAAGGCUCUAGGCAGCUUAAUGAGGUUCAAAAAUGAAGAAAGUGAGUGGCUUCAUGUUAAAGAAAGUCAAAUUUGGAAUUUACCGCAAGAUGAAAAGUACUCCGUACUUCCUGCAUUAAGAUUAAGUUACCAUAAUCUUCCAUUGGAGUGUAGACAAUGUUUUGCUUAUUGCUCCAUAUUUGUAAAGGAUUCCAGAAUCAUGAAGGAUCGUAUGAUUCAUUUAUGGAUGGCUAAUGGUUUUAUUUCAUCUAAUGGAAUAAUGGAGUUGGAAGAUGUUGGUAACAAGAUAUGGAAUGAAUUGUAUUGGAGAUCUUUUUUUCAAGAGGUAGAAAGUGAUGAUUAUGGCAAUAGAAGUUUCAAGAUGCAUGAUCUUGUUCACGAUCUUGCCCAAUCAAUUAUGGAAGAUGAAUGUUAUGUGAUGGAGGUUGAAAGGUCAAAUAAUAAACAAAUCAUGAGUGGGAGUGCACUUCAUGUCACAUCUGUUACUGACUCUAAGGUAUUAGAAAAUGUUGAAUCCAUGAGAACGCUAUUUGUGAAUGUGUUUCCACGUGAUUUCAUGAAAUUUUAUGCCUUACGAGUUUUGGAUGCAAGGGGACUUGGUAUUGAUGAGGUGCCAUCUUCAAUUGGCAAUUUAAUUCAUUUAAGGUACUUGAAUCUUUCCAGUAAUGGGUUUACAAAACUUCCGAAGUCAUUAUGUACCUUAUUGAAUUUGCAAACCUUAAACCUCAACAAUUGUUGGGGGCUUCAGAGGUUACCGAAGCACACGAGACGCUUGACCAAUCUCAGACAUCUAUUUAUUGGAAGUUGUAAUUCGCUAAAACAAAUGGCUCCAAAAAUUGGGCAGCUAACCUACCUCAAGACAUUAAGUGUUUUCAUUGUGGAUGAUAGGAGGAGAGGUUUUCAAUUGGGUGAGUUGCGAGGAUUAAAACUUGGAGGAGAAUUACGCAUCCAAAAUCUGGAGAGGGUGGAGAAUUGGAUGGAUGCUAGUGAAGCCAAUUUAAUUGGAAAACAAAACCUCUACAGCUUGGGAUUUCAUUGGGGACGACGUGGAGUUGAAUCAGAAAUAUUGCGAGAAAAUGCUGAAAGGGUACUUGAAGCUCUUGAACCUAACCCAAAUCUUAAAGAGUUGGUGAUACAACGUUACAGAGGUGCUUCUUUUCCGCUUUGGAUGAGAGAACCAGUGCUUCAAAAUUUAGUUACUGUUUCACUCCUUGAUUGCGAAAAUUGUCAAAAUUUUCCAUCAUAUGGCCGAUUGCGUUUCUUAAAACAUCUUAAAAUAAGUGGAAUGAAAGAUGUGAAAUACAUAGACGAUGAUUCCCACGGUGGAUCAACAAUAAGGAAAUUUCCUUCUCUGGAGAGGCUUCAUAUUUCUUGCUUGCCAUGUUUGGAAAGGUUAUCAAGAGAGGAAGAAAAUGAUGUGUUCCCUUGUCUUUCCCGAUUGUAUGUUCAUGAUUGCCCUAAAUUGACAUUUUCAUGCCUUCCCUCGAUCAAAGAUUUAGAAGUAUGGAAAGGUGGCGAGGUCUUAUUAAGUUCGAUCUCAGGUCUUAAUUGUCUUACUUCUCUUCAAAUUCUCUUUGGUGAACAAUCCUUCUUUCCGGAAGGGAUGUUGCGGAAACUCACUUCUCUUCAGUCACUGUCAAUUCUAAAUUGUGAAAAACUCGGAGAGUUGCCCAACGAACUGUCAAACCUCGGUGCUCUCAACUCACUAGUUAUCCGUCAUUGUGGUGAGCUUGAGUCAUUGCCAGAACAAGGACUGCAAGGCCUCAACUCUCUCCGUUCUUUAGAACUUCGUUCCUGUAAAAAGUUGAAGUCCUUGUCUGAGGGACUGCAACACCUCACAGCCCUUGAGAGUUUGGCUCUUUAUGAAUGCCCGGAGCUCGUUUCUUUGCCGGAGAAUGGUAUCAGACACCUCCAUUCCCUUAGAAAUCUGCAUAUUGCUUUUAAUCCCAACUUGGUGGUUUUGCCGGAGGCCUUACAGCAUGUCCCUGCACUGCAGUCUCUAAGGAUCUCGGGAUGCGGAGAGCUAACAUCGUUGCCUGACUGGUUGGGAAAUCUUGCAUCUCUUCAACGGUUGGAGAUUUGGUUUUGCCCUAAGGUGGUGUCACUUCCAGAUAGUACGCAAAGCCUAACCAAUCUCACAACUUUGGUAAUUCGAGGAUGUGGUGAACAACUCAAAAGGAGAUGCGAGAAGGGAAGAGGAGAGGAUUGGUAUAAGAUACAACGCAUACCAGAUGUUCGUAUAUAUGCGUGGGAUAGGAUUGCACAUAUUACAAACUGUUGCAGCCAAUGGGAAAGAUACAAGCACUAGGACGCAGCUGUUCUUGAAUGAUGAGCUGCUGGUGAAGUCACAAGAAAGCAGAAGGCAAGUGUUUCACUUCAUAGUAUCAAAUGUGGCGGUUAUUUCAUGUUACAAAAGAUGACAGAGAUCAGCAACUCAUUUUAGAUUUCAGGUUGAUAUAUAGAUUUUCAAGGUCAAACGGGUUGAUUCAUUCACAGUUCUUAGUUUUUUCCGGUUGGUUCUUCAACCUUUGUCAAAACACAAAGAGAGAUCAUUAUUGUAUUCCCAAAAAAUAUGAGACACUACUUCUUGAGCUCACAUGUGAUCCGGUACUCAAUUUGACGGAAAGGGAUGGAAACUUAUUGUGGGAACACUCUCAUUGUAGCAAUGAUCCAAUUUCGCAAAAGCAUCAUCCAAACCUUUGUUCAUGGAAAUUCAUAAAUUAUAUGUAAUUUAUAUAUAUAACAUUCUGUUUAACAAUCAAAGAAUAAGUUUUGGUCUUCUCAACUGAAAUUUAAAGAUUCUCGAGCAUCCAGAUGACUGAUUGAUGAAUGAACGCUUCAAGGGGUGUGCUUUACACAAACACGUGGUUGGUUGUAGAUGGCAGAUAUCAGAAGCAGCAAGAUAAAGAGUUCGGCAUGGUCCUCCACCAUCAUUCCUGCAUUUUAGAUCUGUUAAUUAAGCAAUUAUGACCGGGGGUAGUGCCAUGUCAUAUUACUGCAUACUCGAAUCAGUAAAUGCUAUGAUUGUGAUGCUCUGACGUGAACUCGUGCUGUCAUUCCAUGAUUGAGUGCCAGAUAAGGUCGUGUAAACAACUUGACAGAGAAGGAUGCAAGUCAUAGAGAGAAUACCCUCAUUGUAGCGCUACUCUUCGAAUCAAUUUCACAAAAGAAGCAUCCAAGCAUCCUAACCUGACAGGAUUGCUGAUGGCAGUUCAUACAAUCCUCACUAAUUCAAUUAUGGUUUAUUUACCGAAGGCUGUUGUACCCUAAUGAAUACGUUGCGGUCUUGUCAGGUGGAAUUUAAAGAUUCUCUAGCAAAUAGAUGACUGGUUGAUCAAUGGGUGCUUCAAAGGGUGUGCUUUAGACAAAGAUGUGGUUGGUUGUAGAUGGCACAAAUAGAAGCAACAAGAUAAAGCGUUUGGCACGGCCCUCCAUCAUCAUUUCUGCAUUUUAGAUUUGUUAGUUAAGCAAUUAUGACUAUGUGAGUAGCGCCAAUUCAGUAAAUACUAUGAUGAUGGAGCCAUGUUCAGAGACUGAAACAUCAUUCCAUGAAAUCUGAAGAAAUGAUUCCAAUUCAUGCACAAAAGUAACUAUUUUUCAACUGCCCCGUUCCAUUUGCAAUUGUGGCCUCUCAGUUCAUUAAAUAUUCUGUGAGGCUGAGGAAGGUUAGCUUCUGAGCUGUUCCAAUUAUAGAUACGAACAUUAAGACCACUUGGGAUCUACCUGAUGCAAUUUUCAAUCCAAUUCAUUGAGGUUUCUUAAAUGGGAUUCUAUCUCUGGUUUUUCUUCGACUUCAGGUUCUGGUUUGCUUUUAUAUGUAUAUUCUCGGUUUUUAUUCAUUGGCUCUUCAGUUCUUGUCUAUGAUUGGUUAUUGUCUUAUAUUCUGAUGCAUAAUUUUCAUGGAUAAGGAUUUUGCUUAAUUGGACAUUUUCCAUGGUGCUUAUUGUUUUUAUUAUCUCGAGUUUUUGGCUUUGGUUCAUCUUUCAUCUUGGGGUAUGCCCCUUGUAAACCUGUAUAUGGUUCUUUUAAUCAUGAUAAAAAAAUAAAAUAAUUAAGUUAUCAUAUAUAUAUAACAUGAAUUGUUCUUCAAUGUUGAACAAAAUUCAUACAACAUUUGAAGUCCAAUUAUAUCUUUGAUCAGGUUAGUAAGCCAAAGAUUCUGUUGUUUGGAUUCUUCAUCCUUAGAUAAAUACUCUGCAAAAUCUGCUGUGUAAUCCAACAAUCAUGUAUUUUUCAAUUCCCCAAUUUCUAAUGCUGUUUGGAAGGACAUAAUGAAGAAAUGUGGCUUGAGAUUUCACACUUACCAUGUUUGGAAAUGUUGUCCAGGGAGGAAGAAAAAUAUGUAUUCCCUCUCCUUUCCCAGUUGUUAGAAAUUGCCCUAAAUUGACGUUGUCAUGCCUUCCAUCGCUUAGAAGUACGGGGAGGUAAUGAUGUCUCACUAAGUUCGAUCUCGAAUUUAAGUUGUCUUACCUCUCUUCAGAUUCAAGGGCAUUAUGAUGAACAACAAUUCUGCUUUCCAGAAGGGAUGUUGCGAGACCUCACUUUUCUUCAAUCACAGAAAAUGUAAGAAGGAAGAGGGGGAGGAUUGGUACAAGAUAGCACAAAUACCAAAUGUUUUUAUGUUAGGAUAAUUAGCACAUAGUACACACAGUUGCAGCCAAUGGAAAAGAUUACAAGCACAGAACCUCUUCCUCAAAGAUGAGUUGGUGAAGUAACAGCAAUCCAACUAGAGGCAAGUGUCUCUCCUCACAUCACAUGUGGCCGCGAUUUCAUGUUACAGAAUAUGACAGAUACAGCACCAAGAUAAAGAGUUUGGGACAGUCCAUCAACAUACCUGCAUUUUUAGAUUUGUUAGUGAAGGCAUUAUGAUUCUAUGAACAUGUGGAUAGUGCACAGUCAUAUUCGAAUAAGAAAAUUGCUACGAUGAUGGCGGCCUUUUUUGA